AUGCAUAUUAUUCCCUUAUCUUUUAAUCAAAAUGUAUCAAAUGUCGCUGUAACCAUAGACAACAAGCUAACCAUUUAUAAUAUAAAUCCAUUUGGGAAGAUAUUUGAAUUACAAGGACAACAGCUUACAAAUGGUUUAAGCAAGCAAGAUGGCAUUUUGCCGCUAAAUUUUCCGAAUGUUAACAGUGGCAGUAUUUUGAGUAAUUCUGCUUCGCUGUACAAUGAUCCACGAUACUUAAUCGAGAUGUUAUUUGCCACAAGUCUAAUAGCUGUUGUUGAUAAAGUAACACAGCCGAAAAAACUUAAAAUAAUAAAUACCAGGAGGAAAACUACUAUUUGUGAAUUGAAAUUUGAACAUAACGUACAACAAGUAUGUUUAAAUAGAAAAAGGUUAGUUGUUCUACUAGAUAGCAAACAAAUUUUUGUGUAUGAUAUAUCCUGUAUGCAAUUAUUGCAUACAAUAGACGUUAUGGAAAAUAAAGUUAUCAAAGAAUUAGUAAAUAAGAAGCAGAAAAAGUGGUUAAAUAGGCAUAUUAAUUCGAAAAACUCGGCUAUUUCCUCAGAAAUCGAAGAAGAUGGUCCUUCUUACGAAAUUAAAAUGAAGUUGUCACACGAUGAUGUGAGCACUUUAGUUUAUACUAGUUAUUCCCUAAAUAAAAUCAACCGGCAUCAUCAGGAUACUAUAAAUACUAAUGGUGAUGAUGAUAAUAAAUUAAAAGAUUUAGUAAUUUUGAAUAACAUUGUGGUUUUUGAUGCAUUGAAUAUUAAACAAAUUAAUUUUAUUCCCAAUGUUCAUAGUAGGAAUGUUCGUUGUUUGGCUCUAAGUCACGAUGGCAAUGUUUUGUCCACUGCUUCUACUAGGGGUACAAUUAUAAGAUGUUUUAGAACUUCCUCAGGGUUACAUUCUUUUAGGGAGUUUAGAAGAGGAUCCACCUCAUGUAAAAUUACGCAAUUAGAAUUUGAUUAUAAUAUAGAUUACCUAGCAUGUGUCGGAAGUACAGAUACCAUACAUAUAUUUCAGAUGAGAGAAGAUAACUCACAACACUUAUUAGCAGAAGAGCGGUUGAAUUUACAAAGAACUAAGUACCAACGAGUUAGCAAAUACAUUUCUUCUAAAAUUGCUAGUCAUAUCACACAACAAUCGAUUCCUAGAAAUUAUGCAUAUAUAGAAAAAUCCAGUGACACUGCUUUUACUAUUAUUGGUUUCCCUGAGGAUGUUUUGGGACAAAUAUACGUUUGCUUUGGUGACAAAAUAGAAAUAUAUGAUUUACCCGAAUUACAGGGCGCAUGCACUUUAUCGCAGUGCCAUAGUCUCGUUGAAUAA